AUGAUCAACUUCAUACAGGCUCGAGCAGCCAACAACGAUGAAGCAGCAAAGGUCGGACUGCUAGUGAAUGCGGCUAAGCCAAAAUACGUGCUGAUAGAGUCUUCAGAGUCUUCAGAACCUUCACAGUCUUCAAAGUCCUCAGAGUUUUCAGUGUCUUCAGCGUCUUCUGAGUCUUCAGAGUCUUCUGAGGCUUCAGAGUCAUCAGAGUCUUCUGAGUCUUCUGAGUCUUCUGAGUCUUCUGAGUCUUCUGAGUCUUCUGAGUCUUCUGAGUCUUCUGAGUCUUCUGAGUCUUCUGAGUCUUCUGAGUCUUCUGAGUCUUCAGAAUCUUCACAGUCUUCAAAAUCCUCAGAGUUUUCAGUGUCUUCAACGUCUUCAGAGCCUUCAGAGUCUUCUGAGGCCUCAGAGUCUUCAGAGUCUUCUGAGUCUUCUGAGUCUUCUGAGACUUCUGAGUCUUCUGAGUCUUCAGAGUCUUCUGAGUCUUCUGAGUCUUCUGAGUCUUCUGAGUCUUCUGAGUCUUCUGAGUCUUCUGAGUCUUCUGAGUCUUCUGAGUCUUCUGAGUCUUCUGAGUCUUCUGAGUCUUCUGAGUCUUCUGAGUCUUCUGAGUCUUCUGAGUCUUCUGAGUCUUCUGAGUCUUCUGAGUCUUCUGAGUCUUCUGAGUCUUCUGAGUCUUCUGAGUCUUCUGAGUCUUCUGAGUCUUCUGAGUCUUCUGAGUCUUCUGAGUCUUCUGAGUCUUCUGAGUCUUCUGAGUCUUCUGAGUCUUCUGAGUCUUCAGAAUCUUCACAGUCUUCAAAAUCCUCAGAGUUUUCAGUGUCUUCAACGUCUUCAGAGCCUUCAGAGUCUUCUGAGGCCUCAGAGUCUUCAGAGUCUUCUGAGUCUUCUGAGUCUUCUGAGACUUCUGAGUCUUCUGAGUCUUCUGAGUCUUCUGAGUCUUCUGAGUCUUUUGAGUCUUCUGAGUCUUCUGAGUCUUCUGAGUCUUCUGAGUCUUCUGAGUCUUCUGAGUCUUCUGAGUCUUCUGAGUCUUCUGAGUCUUCUGAGUCUUCUGAGUCUUCUGAGUCUUCUGAGUCUUCUGAGUCUUCUGAGUCUUCUGAGUCUUCUGAGUCUUCUGAGUCUUCUGAGUCUUCUGAGUCUUCUGAGUCUUCUGAGUCUUCUGAGUCUUCUGAGUCUUCUGAGUCUUCUGAGUCUUCUGAGUCUUCUGAGUCUUCUGAGUCUUCUGAGUCUUCUGAGUCUUCUGAGUCUUCUGAGUCUUCUGAGUCUUCUGAGUCUUCUGAGUCUUCUGAGUCUUCUGAGUCUUCUGAGUCUUCUGAGUCUUCUGAGUCUUCUGAGUCUUCUGAGUCUUCUGAGUCUUCUGAGUCUUCUGAGUCUUCUGAGUCUUCAGAAUCUUCACAGUCUUCAAAAUCCUCAGAGUUUUCAGUGUCUUCAGCGUCUUCUGAGUCUUCAGAGUCUUCUGAGGCUUCAGAGUCAUCAGAGUCUUCUGAGUCUUCUGAGUCUUCUGAGUCUUCUGAGUCUUCUGAGUCUUCUGAGUCUUCUGAGUCUUCUGAGUCUUCUGAGUCUUCUGAGUCUUCUGAGUCUUCUGAGUCUUCUGAGUCUUCUGAGUCUUCUGAGUCUUCUGAGUCUUCUGAGUCUUCAGAAUCUUCACAGUCUUCAAAAUCCUCAGAGUUUUCAGUGUCUUCAACGUCUUCAGAGCCUUCAGAGUCUUCUGAGGCCUCAGAGUCUUCAGAGUCUUCUGAGUCUUCUGAGUCUUCUGAGACUUCUGAGUCUUCUGAGUCUUCAGAGUCUUCAGAGUCUUCAGAGUCUUCUGAGUCUUCAGAGUCUUCUGAGUCUUCUGAGUCUUCUGAGUCUUCUGAGUCUUCUGAGUCUUCUGAGUCUUCUGAGUCUUCAGAAUCUUCACAGUCUUCAAAAUCCUCAGAGUUUUCAGUGUCUUCAACGUCUUCAGAGCCUUCAGAGUCUUCUGAGGCCUCAGAGUCUUCUGAGUCUUCUGAGUCUUCUGAGACUUCUGAGUCUUCUGAGUCUUCUGAGUCUUCUGAGUCUUCUGAGUCUUCUGAGUCUUCUGAGUCUUCUGAGCCUUCUGAGUCUUCUGAGUCUUCUGAGUCUUCUGAGUCUUCUGAGUCUUCUGAGUCUUCUGAGUCUUCUGAGUCUUCUGAGUCUUCUGAGUCUUCUGAGUCUGCUAAGUCUUCUGAGUCUUCUGAGUCUUCUGAGUCUUCUGAGUCUUCUGAGUCUUCUGAGUCUUCUGAGUCUUCUGAGUCUUCUGAGUCUUCUGAGUCUUCUGAGUCUUCUGAGUCUUCUGAGUCUUCUGAGUCUUCUGAGUCUUCUGAGUCUUCUGAGUCUUCUGAGUCUUCUGAGUCUUCUGAGUCUUCUGAGUCUUUUGAGUCUUCGAGAUCUCCAAGUCUUCCGAGUCUUCUGAGUUUUCGGGAGUCUUCUGAAUCUGGCUACGAUGUGUCCCAUUUCUACGUCUGCUCCACCGAUUACGUGAAGAAAGAAAGGAACUUCCUCUGCGAGGUUAGCAAAUUCAACAUGAACGUGCCGCUACCUUCCAAGGCGGAUGAAUUCUUCGACUGCUGCAUGGAAACGUCCGAAUGGAUGAGCCGAGGCAGUAAAGCUUUGCUAGUGGACCAACUUUUCAAGGAUAUGAAAAAGUACGGCUUCAACAGUGUUGCCGACCGUGGCAUCAUCGAAGAGGUCGGCAGCAAUUGCCGGAGAGAAAUGGGCAGCAAAAUCAACGGCAGAGGAUAUAUUCUAUGUUUUCUGGCGGAUAGAAGAACUUCGAAGUGUUUCAAGAACAUGCUAAAGAAAAAGGAGGGGGAAUUUUUCACAAAGCAGACUUAUUGCAAGUCAGGUUAA